AUGAGAGGAGAAAGGGAUGAAAAAGGAAGGAGAGGAGGAAGGGAUGAACAAGGAAGGAAAGGAGGAAGGGAUAAAAAGGAAGGGAAGGAGGAAGGAAGGAAUGAAAAAGGAAGGAGAGGGGGAAGAGAUAAAAAGGAAGGGAAGGAGGAAGGGAUGAACAAGGAAGGGAAGGAGGAAGGGAUAAAAAAGGAAGGAAUGGAGGAAGGAAGGAAUGAAAAAGGAAGGAGAGGGGAAGGGAUUAAAAAGGAAGGAGAAGAGGUAGGGAUGAACAAGGAAGGAAAGGAGGAAGGGAUAAAAGGAAGGGAAGGAGGAAGGGAUGAACAAGGAAUAGAAGGAGGAAGGGAUGGACAAGGAAGGGAAGGAGGAAGGGAGGAAAAAGGAAUAGAAGGAGGAAGGGAUGGACAAGGAAUGGAAGGAGGAAGGGAUGAAAAAGGAAGGAAUGGAGGAAGGAAGGAAUGA